AUGGCUGGAGCAGAACAGCUGCACCCGCCGGUGCUCUCGGCUGAGGGAAGCGCCUCGGAGUUGGCUCCUAUGAAGAACUGGGAAAGGGGCAGAAGCACUCCAGGGGUGAAGAUAUUUCUUAGCCAUGAAAUAGUCAGCGUGGAAGUGGUGGGUGAACCAGAUUCGAGGAAGAGAACAGCGAUGCGCUCUGAGUGCACUUCAGCUGUUGAAGGGAACAAACAAGCAGACACAGGAGCAGCAGAUUGUGGCCCAUGGAGUUCUCGUUGCGUUUCCCUAGAGAACCGGCUCAGAGCCUCAAACAGCUUAAAAUAUUCCCUCCCAGAGAAGAAAGAAGAAGAAAAUGUGGAGUACACAGUUAUUGAUUGUUUCCAGAAGAAAUUUGGCCCAGCAGUGCUGCACCUAAAACAGCAGUGUGUUGUCAGUAUAGCAGGAGAAGGUGUUAAUUUGUGUCGUCAUGGAAAACUCUUACGGCUUGAGAUGGCAACAAAGAGCUGUAUUUUUCUAUUUGAUAUCUUCCUUCUGGGACCUCAGGCAUUCAAAAAUGGAUUAAAGAUGGUGCUUGAAGAUAAAAACAUCUUGAAGGUCAUACAUGACUGCUGCUGGCUCUCAGACUGCCUCUUUCACCAGUACGGUGUCCUUCUCUCCAAUGUCUUUGAUACACAGCCCACUUGCAUGGAGCUGCCACAGGAGCUGCAUCAGCUGGCAGACAUCCAGAAGCAGAGAAGAAAGCAAGCAGUAAAAGACUACAGAAUGAAUGAGGAUGGUCUUUUGAUCAGACCAGUCAUGGAAUUGAAAGAGAGAAGUGAUGCACAGAAGGAUGCAAACUACAGGCAUGACAUGGGGAUUGCUUUCCCCAAAGUGGUGUCUCAAGUGACAUCCUUCUACAGGGAGGAUGCUCAGAAAUUAAAAUCAAGUGGUAAAUCUGUGGAAGAACCCUAUCCCAACCUCAGGGUGGCUGGAUGAAUCUAACUUCUGCUAGAGGUGACUUGAUGAGCUUAGACUGGGUAUUUUAAGAUGUCCAAAUGAAAAAAGGGGCUAUUCUCCAUGCAGAAAUGUCAAACAAAAGCUCCUUUCUUUAGUGACAGGUAAAUACAUUGUUGAAUGGAAAAUUCCUUCUGUGUCUGAUUGUUCUUCUUGAAGCCUGUUAAACUUUGAGAUCCAUUUUUUUUCCAAGAGCUGCUUUUUAUCUGAGAGCAGUGACUUUUGUUUGUCUUAGGCUGUCAUCAGACUAAUGUCUUGAAUUGCAUUGGUUCUUUUGUUACCUGUUGCAGAUGUGUUAAACAUCCAAUCCAUAUCUGUGAGUAGGAGAGCUUCUAAGAUGCCUGUUCAUUGAGAUUAGGAAGGAUUUGCUGGGAAAAUUGAAAAAGCCUUCUGGCCAACUCAUGUGGGCUUAGUUUAUACACAGAUAAGUCUCCUGGCAUAGCAAUACAAGAGGCUUUCAUGGGAGAGCGAGAAAGAUCACUCCCUAAUGAACCACUAUGCUGGCAGAACAGCAAAGAGGUGUACUAAUAAAAAGGACUUUUCUGCCAAGUCAGAGUUAUUUUAGGCUGAGAAAAGGAGCUUCCUGCCAAAAGUUGCACGCCAGCAUUGUUUGUCUGCACUGCUGGGUCAAACUCAGACAGAUAAGGCUGUGCAACACUAAUGUGGUGUGUAUAUAGACAAGGGUGUAUAAAGGGGGCAAAAAAUGAGCUAAAUUGGUUUAAAACAUGUCUAACAUCCCUCUCCCAGGCAAAAUUAGAAAGGGACAUGACAUCUGCAUACCAAUACCCGCUGGAGCUGCUUUUCUCUGGAUGUGAACUGGUGUGAGUAGAUGCUUAUGAUGUAUCUGUGCAUUUCUUUUCUUGGGGGAAAUGUGUGUUGCUUUGGGGGGUUCUGCUGCUUUUUUUCUCUCUACAAAGGGUAGUAGACCAGCAAUGUUUCAGUAAGUCUCUUCUUUGAAAACACAGAUUGGACUCGCUGACUUCUGGGAACAACUUCCAAGGUUUGCUCUUUGUCAGUACAUUUUCCAUAUGUUUUUUUAACCCUUAACAGUGUUCUGUAAUCCAACUGUAUCGUUUAUUUUUCUCUGUUCACUUGAGAAAAAUAAAGUAGGUUUGAAACAA